AAAUAAAAAUAUAAGUAAUUUUUUCAAAUGUCCGUGUUUCAUUAGUUUGGGACGACAUGUAAAUAUACUAUUUUUGUUAUUAAAAAAAAGAAUAACAUGUCUGUCUUAAAAAAAAAAAAAAAAGAGUAAUUUGGGCCCAGCCGGGUUCCAAACAUAUAGUGCCCGGCCCAAGUUGCUUAAUAUAUCGCCAUUUUGCAACCCCUCGCAGUCCCAAGACGCCUGAAAAGUGAAGGGCACACCACCUGUUUGAUCAAAUGUCGAGCUGAAAAUUCCCAAACGUUUUGGCCUUCAGGUACUCAAAUUAUAGUCUCAAAUCACGAUGAAUGUGUUCAAUGGAUGCAAAGAAAUUCUAAAGAUUCAGAAGUUUCGGAGAAUCGUGUCGUACGCUGGAUUCUACUGCUUCACAGCAGUCCUGACCUACGCUUACACAAGCAAUACAACUCGAGCUGGGUUUUCGAGAGCCGACCAGUUCUAUGCUUCUUACCCAGCUGGAACCGAGCUCUUGACGGAUACGGCAAAGUUGUAUAAAGCUGCGCUUGGUAAUUGUUUCGAAAACGAAGAAUGGGGUCCGAUUGAGUACUGCAUCAUGGCCAAGCACUUCGAGCGACAGGGGAGGCCCUAUGCGUACCAUGCUCAUUACAUGGCACACCUUCUGUCACACGGGCAGCUCGACGGAAGUGGAUAGAACUAGAGCUGUUCGCCGGAUGACAAGUAGCACGAGCGCAUACCACAUCGGCACAUCUCUACGAAACUUGACGCUCGUGCUGAUACUUUACGUAUACACGAUGCCAAUCGUAAGAUGUGAGGAUUAUAGAGCAGAUGAAUCCCGUGAUGCUGGAACUUCCUUUGAAUCAUUUUGUUGUUCUAUCACCCAAUACAACAUAUAUUUAAUCUAAAUCAUGGUUGUAACAAGCGUUUCCUGAAUAAUCCGUUUUUGUUGUAUGAAGCGUUUUCCCGUAUAA